AUGAUGGAUUGUCAUCCAGCUAGUACACCGUUAGAGGCAAGCGAGAAAUUGGACAAGUCGAUGGUAUCAAGCACGUCCGAGGAGCAAGACGAAAUGAAAAAUACACCGUAUAAGGAAGCAGUAGGUUGUGUUCUUUACCUUUCUCGAGCAACAAGACCCGAUAUUUCUUAUGCAGUGAACGUGGUAAGCCAAUUUUGCCACAAUCCUGGCAAAAAGCACUGGACGGCGGUGAAGCGGAUUUUCCGUUAUCUCAAGGGUAUAACAGAAAGUCGACUUUGUUACCGGAGAGAUGGCAAUGCUGACAUCGUUGGCUACACCGAUGCAGAUCGGGGAGGAGAUUUGGAUACCAGGCGAUCCACUACCGGUUACGUUUUUGUGUUGCAAAGUGGCGCAAUUUCCUGGAGUGUGAAGAAACAACCAACGUUCGCCCUUUCAUCGUGUGAAGCGGAACUGAUGGCUUUGGCGAAAACUGUUCAGGAAGCAUUGUGGUGGCGGAACCUGCUGUGGAUGAUUUGUGGAGCAACGGAGCUGAAGGUUUACUGCGAUAAUCAAUCUGCACUGUGCCUGGCCAAAAAUGGUGCAUAUAACCCGUGGACGAUUGAUGUACAAUACAUCAACACGAAACAUCAGGCAGCCGACGGAUUCACCAAACCACUUACAACCAAAAUCUCGGACCAGAAGAUUUUGAUCGGGAUCUUGAAUUAG